CCCAAUCAAGUUCUUGACCACGGCACAUCAUCAGGAAACCAAUUAUAUCCACAGCAAUGAAUUUAACUUAUAACUUUUCCCUUAACCAACCAACCUCAAGUGUAAUAGUAGCCGCUCUCAAGACAUCACUACACACCAAUCAGACCAAAGCAAUGGCUGCGGCACUUACUGGACAACCUUACCCUGAUUUGCAUGCUGUUCCACAGUAUCAGCCUACCCUGACACAACUCACACUCAUAGUAGCGUAUGGAAUCGUCGUCACCGUGUGGGUGUUUCGACUUCUCAUUUCCUUCUCUACUUUUGACGUAUUCGAUCUGUGCAGACACGGUAACACUGGCAUCCACGCCAAGCCUCAUUCUGAGCACGUUCUUGUGGGCAUCUGCGAGGAGAACCACGUGGUGAAUAAUAAGCAUGAUGCGAAUUCAAAUAGUGAUAAACACGUUGCAGGGGACAGACUGAAGACUAUUGACACAAACAGUGACAGCAAAGAUGACCCCGUGCUGAUUAAAGAAAACUUUUCAGGACAUCAAGCAGAAGGGAGUCAUAAACCGCCAGUCCCCGCCAUUCCUGAUGUCAGUUUGGACAGAUUCCUCGCGUCUGUUGUACUGUUUGGUGCGAUUAUGAUCUACUUCUAUCUCAGUGAUUAUCGCAAGGCAAGUACCGGUACCCAGAACUAAUACCUUAAAGCAUACAUGUUAUUUAACAAAGCUAAAUUUUUUUUUUAAAAGAGUGUGUGUUUGUAUGUAAAUUUUCAGCAAAACAUUUGUUGUUUUUUUUACUCUAUAUAUUACCCUAAACCAAUGCGGAAACAUUGCCUUAAAACUUUCAGGUGUUCAUCCAAGGGGAGAGAACCUACUCAAGGGACACUUUCCUUUUUCUGGUAUUUCUGUUUUUCCUUGUGGCCUGCUGUUUCACCAUCAAGCCAAACGCAGACAAAAUUCUUAACAGGUAAUUUUCUAACCUCCUGAGAAAGUUAGAGAGCUGUUGUUUUUUUAAACCAUAAUUUUGUACUUGUCCUGGAUGUCGACUGUAAUUUAUUGGCAUCAUGAAGUAGAACGUCCUGGAGCUCAUUCAAAAUCCUCAAUACCUGUUUCAAAAUCUAAUGACACAACAAAUAUUCAAUACAUUGUAAAAUGUGUCAUUCGAUACCUGUCGAAUAUGUGGCAAAUAUUGAUUUCGAACAGAAAGUAUAUCAUGUUUACAAGUUAGAAUUUAAUUAAUUUCUAAUUUCUUAACUCUUGAAAAGUGUUGUGUCUGUUUUAGAGAAUGUGACAAAGAGCAUCGCCCUUUGGGAGUUGUGGAUUUUGUGAAAUAAUGUUUAUUAAAAAGAAAGGCAAAAGAAGUCAAUUGUGUUCUAAAAAACUGCGAGCUCACUGUACCCAAAUAUCUUCGAUUCAUUCAUAUUUCCAAUGGGCUUAUUUUUGUCCCAGGGAACAAACUGAAGAAUGGAAGGGUUGGAUGCAGGUGAUGUUUGUCUGGUAUCAUUACUUUAAGGCUAAAGAGUGGUACAACUGGAUCAGAGUCUACAUCGCCUGCUACGUGUGGAUGACAGGAUUUGGUAAGUUUUUUCAAUGUCUGAAACAUUGGCUUUGGUAAAUUUUUUCAAUGGCUGAAAUAUUAGCUUUGGUAAGUUUUUUCAAUGUCUGAAAUAUUGGCUUUGGUAAGUUUUUUCAGUAGCUGAAAUAUUGGCUUUGGUAAGUUUUUUCAAUGUCUGAAAUAUUGGCUUUGUCAAGUUUUUUCAAUGCCUGAAAUACUUGCUUGGUUGGUUUCGGCUUCCUGUCAGGUUGUCAUCGAUUUUUAGGUAAAAUUUAUUAUUGAUAUGUCAAUGUUAGUCGUUAAAAAUUGUCACGAAAUACGUUUACCUUGUUUGCUUUAAACUUCACAGGAAACUUUUCAUUUUUCUGGAUCAGAAACGACUAUUCAGCAUGGCGUUUACUUAAGAUGCUGUUCCGACUCAACUUCCUUGUGAUAUUCGUUGCCAUGGUGACUAACAAUGAAUACAUGCUCUACUACAUAUGUGCAAUGCACACGUAUUGGUUUCUAACAGUCUACGUCUUUAUGCGUGUGCUGAAAUCAUGGAACAAAAACCGGAAGUUGAUGGCCGUCAAGUUUGCUGCCUAUGCUUUUUUCAAUGCCAUUAUUUUUGAGAUUCCUGGAUGGAGCUUGCGUAUAUUUCGACCAUUUCAACUCAUUCUUGGUUUGCACGACAAUUCUGGUGAUAUAAUGCACGAGUGGUCAUUUCGUGCAGGGCUUGACCACUGGGCGUGUUACUUUGGCAUGCUGUGUGCCUAUAAUUACCCACACUUCGAGAGACUGAUGCUAUUUCUAGAUUCAAAAUCGCUAAAUAAAAAUGAAGCUAUUAAGAAAUUGUGUGUAAGAAUCUUUCUAGGAUUGGGCUGCCUCAUUCUCGGAUCACUCUGGUAUUUCCUAUUUAUGCAAAAAGACAAGUUUGAAUACAACGCAACGCAUCCGUACACGGCACUGAUAUCAAUUUUGGUUUACAUCAUUGCCAGAAAUAUCCACCCUGUGCUAAGAUCUCACCAUAUAAACAUGUUUGCUUGGUUAGGUAAGUCAAGUUAAAUUAUAUAAUCUGCUAGUAUCACAAAUAAUUAUUCUCUAGCUAUGCAUGUAUGGCUGUAACGCUGCGUCCAAUAGUCAUGCAAAAUAAAAUUCCAAGAAUUUAUUCCUAUAUGGGAUUCUUGUAAAGCAUGUUACUUUAAUGCAUGCAUUUUCAAGUAACUUUAGUAGUUAUGAAGUUCACAUAUUGCCGCUGCCAUUGUUUGCUGGGUUAUUUCUAAUUGGUACAUUAUCAUUAUCAAGCUGUGAAGAGUUGUUUUAAAAUGUGACUAUAGAAUAGACCAAUGUAAAACAUUUUCAGAAUGGACCUUCAAAUAUAUAAAACUCCAUUUAAUAUUUGAGCUGUUAUGUUAGAGCUUUAAAACAUAGGCUAACUAUCCCAGACUGCCACUCCAAAGGAAAGCAUUUAUUUUUUAAUGCCAUCCUGGUAUUCAAAAUUUUUUUUACAAAUGUAAUCACCUAAUUGGAAAUAUUCCUAGCUUAUAACUCUUUCACAAAAUGCAUUGCAUUUUUAAAGACUGUAUGUUCCGAAUACAUAAUGUUUAUGUGCUCCUUGACAAACUGACCACUGAAUGAAUGCGUUCAUUGACAAGCAGACAAGAGAAUUUUUAUGCUUGAAUAGGCCAAAGUUCCUUUGACAAACGGACAACUGAAUUUUUUUUCCUUGUCAAUCUGACAACUGAAUUCUUUUUUUUUUUCAGGUAAAAUCACCCUGGAGACCUACCUCUCCCAACUUCACAUCUACCUGUUGUCAAACGCGCGUUCACUGGUCGUCUUCCUUGACGGCUACCCACUGCUCAACUUCUCCCUGGCGACCAUCAUGUAUCUGGCCGUCUCCCAUAGUCUCUUCACCAUCACCAAUGAUUGCAGCUCAUUCCUCAUCCCUAGAGACCACAAGAAGGUUGUCCUCAACAUCGCUGGCUUGUGCUUCAUCUUCAUUGCUUCUGCCUGUUUUGCAUUUUUGGUCAUUGUGUGAUCAAUUGAUGAUGAUGAUGUUGUUGUCCAAAUUUUAAAUUGAACAUUAUUUUCAUGCUCCGUUUCCUUGUCCCAUGGAUUGAUUCAAAAGGCCAUAAAUUGUUAACCAAUUAUUUGUUUCGUUUUACAAGAGUGACUCAAUCUGAAUGGUCCUUUUUGCUUGGUAUUAUCUAAUUGUAAAUAAAUACGUUUAUUGUUUUAAAACUGAGCCAUGUGAGCUGUGAGGGUUCAAGUUAGCUGGUGAAAAUAAAAAAUCCCCCCUCCCCCCCGGACUUUGAGUUUGAGUUUGUUUGACGUGUUGUAUUGAUAUACUUCAUGGUGCUUUUGUGGGGAUUAGACUGCACAUUAAUUUGUUGAUAAUAAAUGUAUAAUUGUUUUUUGCAUAGUAAUGUGUUUUGUAACAUAAAUUUUAUUUUGUGAUAAUAGUUUUUAUAAUAUUUAUUGUUGUUGAUUUUAGUUAGGUUGACCUUUGCUCCCUGGAGAUAAAGUUAGCUUAGUAAAAAAAAAAUGUAUAUUAUUGUUUGUACAUUUUUUGAGAAUACCAAUGUUGCCUAGUACCGGUAUAUGAUAACAUGUUUUCUUUUAUACAGGAACAUUUAUGAUUGCCUGGAUAUAAUAUAAUCUGAGGGAUAAUUAUAUUUUUUAUUAUUUCAGUCAUUCAUGUUUUACUAUGAAUGUCAAGAGGGAUCAUUUUACAAAUAAAAAGUCUUGGAGAUUUUUUUUUUAUUUGAUUCAGUUAUUUAGUGAUUAUCUUUACAAGCAGCUAUUAGUCUUGCAGUGGUGAGACACAGUUUCACACUGAUGCAUCAAAAAGACUGGUCAUGGUUGAUACGGGACAGGUAAAAAUUCUCCCUCUGGUGGUUAGGUUUUUUUUAAUUUUUAGGCAGGUACAAAACAUUUGUGGGCCUAUUAGUUCACAU